AUGGAUCCGUCCACGGAGAAACCGUUUGCCGCUGACGGCACCACACGCUCAGAGGAGGCUACCCUGCGUUCGGAGGCUCCCAGUGUCAGCGCCAGCUACGCUGAGAAGGACGAGGAGCGCUGGACGUAUGGUGCUCAAAUCCAGGCCGACCAGGCUGCCCUCGAGGCUCGCGGUCUUCCUGGCACCCGCGACCUGUCCUUGAUCUGGAACCACCUCUCCGUCCGUGGUGUUGGUGGUGCCGAUGACGUCGUGUUCGCCCCGGACCUCGGUGCGAUUGCUGCCCCCUGGCUCGUGGCCAAGGCCAACAAGCGCGUGGAGGCGUACACCGCCCGUCGCCGCGAGCGCGACCCACACAACAAGAUGGUGUGGCGACCCGAGAUGGGAACGCCAAAGAAGGGCGAGCCCGGACUCCGCAAGGGCCAGCGCUACCUGUUCCACGACUUUAGCGGUUCGCUCUCGCCUGGCGAGACCAUGCUCGUCGUCGGCCGUCCCGGGUCGGGAUGCACGACGUUUCUCAAGUCCCUCGCGGGCUUGACGGGCUCGUACGCCGGUGUCGAGGGUUCCGUGCAGUACGGUGCCCUCGAGGCAGGCAGCAAGGAGAUGAAGUCCAUGUCUGGCGACGUGGCCUUUGUCGCCGAGAACGACGAGCACGACCCCAACCUCACCGUGUCCCGCACGAUGGACUUUGCCCUCCGCACACAGACACCUGCAGAGGGUGCGCGUGCGCUGGAUCCCGAGACGGGCAAGCCCAUCACCCCCGAGCAGUGGCAGCACAAGACCAAGCUCGACGUGCUGCGUGCCUUCCACAUCGAGCACACCCUCCCUACAAAGGUCGGCGACUCGUACGUCCGCGGCGUGUCUGGCGGCGAGCGCAAGCGCGUGUCGCUCGCCGAGUGCCUCACCACCGGUGCGCAGAUCACCAUGUGGGACGGCGCCACCCGCGGUCUCGAUGCCUCGACCGCCCUCGCGUUUGCCAAGCAGUGCCGUACCAUCAGCGACGAGGCGCGCAAGAUUAACGUUGUCUCGUGCUACCAGGCAGGAAACGGCAUCUACGCCCAGUUCGACAAGGUGACCGUCAUCGCCGACGGCCAGGUCAUCUACUAUGGUCCCCGCGCCGAGGCCCGUGGAUACUUUGAGGCGCUGGGCUUUGUGCACAUGGACGGCGCCAACACUGCCGACUACCUCACCGCCGUCACUGCCGUCGACGAGCGCCAGAUCGCCGAGGGCUUCGAGAACGUGCCCACGUCCGCGGCCGAGUUUGCAGCCAUUUACGCCCAGUCCGACGUCGCCCGCCGCAUGCGCGCACAGGUCGACGGCAUGCUUGCCGACCGGGCCGCACGCGAGUCCGAGACCGAGCAGGAGCGCGCAUACUACGCCUCGCACAGGUCCAAGUACGCCAUGAGCCGUUUCUCCCAAAAGGUCUCGUUCGGGAGCCAGAUGAAGGCCGCGAUCGUCAAGGAUGUUCAGCAGCGUUGGGGUGACCAGUGGUCCUUCUGGGCCCGUCAGCUCACUACCAUCGUCAUGGGUCUCGUCAACGGCUCCAUCUUCUACAUGAUCCCCGCAACCACCACCGGUCUCUUCUUGCGCUGCGGUGUCAUCUUCAUGAUGGUCCUCUUCCCCACCAUUCUUGCCUUUGCCGAUGUCCAGGCCUCGUUUGAAGGCCGUGGCGUCCUGGGUAAACACAAGGCUUGGUCUCUUUACCGUCCCUCGGCCGUCCUGCUCGCUCAAACCAUCGUCGACCUCCCAAUCCUCGGUGCCCAGAUCAUGCUCUACGUGGUCAGCACCUACUGGAUGGCUGGCCUGCAGAACCUUGCGGGCAACUUCUUCAUGUGCUGGCUCUUUGUCGUGGUCUGCACCUUGUCCCUCACCACUCUCUUCCGCACCAUCGGCUACUCGUUCAACGUCUACAAUGACGCGUCCAAGGUGUCGGGCUCUGUCUUCACCUUUUUCGUGUUUUACGGUGGCUUUAGCAUCUACACCCCCAGUAUGCACCCCUGGCUGUCGUGGAUCCGUUGGAUCAACCCGAUCUACUACUCUAUGGAGGCCAUCAUCGCCAACGAGCUCGACAACCUCCACGUCACCUGCGCGGCACCCCAGCUUGUCCCCUACGGCACGCCUUACGCUGCCGCCGGCAUGCCGUCGGCCUGUGCCAUUAGCGGCGCCGUCGCGGGCCAGGACUACGUCUCGGGCACGGCGUGGAUGGAGGCUGCCCUUUGGUUCUACAAGCGCCACGUCUGGCGCAACUUUGGCAUCAUGAUCGCCCUCUGGUUCAUCUUCAUCGUCUUGGGCAUGUCCAUGCUCGAGUGGCUCCCUGCACAAGGAUCCACCCAGGACGUUACCCUCUUUGCGCGCGAAGGUAGCAAGGUCUUUACCCGUGAUGAGGAGGACGACGAGGUGCCCGGCCCCGCAGCUUUCCCCGAUGGCCACUCGAUCCGCCGCAAGCCCACCCGCCAGGACCUCGAGCGCCAGCUGACCGCGCAAUCGAUCCACCGUGUCGGCACGACGUUUACGUGGAAGAACCUCACCUACACUGUGCAGGCCGACGGCAAGGACAAGCAGCUCCUCGACAAGGUGUCGGGUUACUGCAAGGCCGGUACCAUCACCGCGCUUAUGGGCUCGUCGGGUGCCGGCAAGACCACUCUCAUGGACGUUCUCGCCGCUCGUAAGAGCGAGGGUGUCAUCACUGGCGAGGUCCUGCUCAACGGCCAGCCCCUCCCCAUCUCGUUCCAGCGCACCACCGGUUACUGCGAGCAGCUCGACGUUCACCUGCCUCAGGCGACUGUCCGUGAGGCUCUCGAGUUCUCUGCCCUUCUCCGCCAGCCCCGUGCCAUCCCCGACGACGAAAAGCUCGAGUACGUCGAGACCAUUAUGGAUCUCCUCGAGCUUCGCAACAUUGAGGACGCCAUCAUCGGUGAGCCCGGUGCCGGUCUUGGUAUCGAGCAGCGCAAGCGUCUCAACAUUGGUGUCGAGCUCGUCUCCAAGCCGUCGCUCCUGUUCCUCGACGAGCCCACCUCGGGUCUCGACGGCCAGAGCUCGUACAUGAUCGUCUCGUUCCUCCGCAAGCUCGCCGCCACCGGCCAGUCCAUCCUCUGCACCAUCCACCAGCCGUCCGCCGCGCUCUUUGCCGGCUUUGACCAGCUUCUCCUCCUCAAGGCCGGCGGUCGUACCGUCUACUUUGGCCCCACUGCCGACAUGCCCGAGUACUUCCAGAGCCAGGGCAUCACUUGGCCCGAGGACGUCAACCCGGCCGAGUACAUGAUCGACGUCGUCUCCGGUGACCUGGGCAAGGGCCGUGAUUUCGCACAGGUCUGGCUGGACUCGCCCCAGUACACCAAGAUGAUCCAGGAGCUCGAGGAGAUCAAGGCCGACAGCGCCCAGCACGCCGUCCACGCCACCGAGGACGGCUUUGAGUUUGCCGCGUCGACGUCCACCCAGAUGCGCCUCGUUACCAUUCGCGCAUCGAGGCAGCUCUACCGCAACCUCGAGUAUGUCAUGAACAAGUGCAUCCUGCACAUUGUCACCGGCCUCGUCGUGGGCUUUUCAUACUGGAAAAUUGGCAAUUCGUAUGCCGACCUCCAGAACCGCUUGUUCGCCAUUUUCGCCUUUGUCCUUGUCGCGCCCGGUGUCAUUGUCCAGACCCAGCCCAAGUUUAUCGCCAACAGGGACAUGUUCGAGACGCGCGAGAAGAAGGCCAAGUUUUACUCUUGGAAGGUGUUCUGCUUUGGUGAGAUUGUCGCAGAGGUCCCUUACCUCCUCAUCUGCGCGUUCCUCUUCUGGGCCUGUUGGUACAACACUGUCGGUCUCGACAUGAGCCCCGGCAUCGCCGGCCCCGUGUUCCUCCAGAUGAUCUUUUACGAGUUCCUUUACACCGGCAUCGGCCAGAGUAUCGCCGCCUAUGCCCCGAACGCGACGUUUGCCGCCCUCGUCCUGCCCAUCGUCAUGAGCGGCCUCCUGUCAUUCUGCGGCGUCAUGAUCCCCUACGGGGCCAUCACCGUGUUCUGGCGUUACUGGCUCUACUACCUCGACCCCUUCACAUACCUCAUCCAGGGCCUCGUCGUCUUCCCCAUGUGGGACCAGGAGGUGGUCUGCAAGGCCUCGGAGAUGGGCAGCUUUGACCCGCCCUCCAACAUGACCUGUGGCGAGUACCUCACCACGUUCAUGACCUACGCCACCGGAUACGUUGACAACCCCGACGCCACCUCGGGAUGUCAGUACUGUGGCUACGCAAAGGGAAGCGAGUACCUUGCGACCAUGAACAUGACCCGCCACAUUGACGGAUGGAAGGGCAUCCUCAUCACUUUGCUCUUCUGUUGCUCGUCGUACGCCCUCGUCUUCCUCCUCCUCAAGCUCCGCUCGAAGAAGACCAAGACUGCCGCUUAA